CUCACCGCAGUCUGGUACCUUAACGGUACGUCAUACCGUAACUCGAGCCGAGGCGCCGCCUCCGCUAUACCACCGCUGUCAACUGAUUGUGACACAACAGACAACAAGACCCUAACUAAACUACAAGACAUGGAACCAUAUCACUCAGGAGAAGAUAANAAGGCCAUGCCUGAAGCAUCCAAUUCACUUGGUAAACUUCCCGAAGAGAUUCUUCACGAAACUCUACGAUACCUUGAUAAUUCCAGCUUGGCCAGCUUUGCCCGAGCCUGUCACUGGUCGUACGACAAGGCGACACCAUUAUUGUGGCAGAACGUCGAGCUGGUAGACUGUCGUACAACAGAUCCCAGUACCCCUGAUAUGAGUGACGAACAUGACGACACACCCAUCAUUCGCAGACUCCUUGUCUUGGCCAGCAACCCAUGGAUUGCCUCACAUGUUCACACCCUAACACAUCGAUGCCAUCUGCCACCACCAGCAAUCUUCUAUGAGCUACCGAGGAUAAACUUCCAAGGCAGAACACUCUCUCAUGAUCCAAGAACGCUCCGCCUACUAAACAGGGCUUGCCAGAAUCUCUCUAGCAUACAUACACUACGAAUCAUCUUUGGUCAUUGGAAUCUUACUCGUGGUCUCUUGGUUGGACUACUAGGCAAAUCCCAAGGCUCUACCAUACGACAUCUUUGGCUUGAAAAUUGUAGCCUCGCGGGCAUUUCACAAAGACGACUCCAGUCUUUCGAUCUUGCAGGGCUAGAGAGUCUUCGCUUGCGUCGAUUACCACUGCUCGCCAAUGCUGGGCGACAUGACUCGCAAGAAGUCUAUACUCGAGGUCCAUUCCCAGACUGGCGAAAUGACAGAGCCUUCGAAAUCAGACAGGAUGGUCGAGGUGGCGUGAUCAAGACUUCAACCGAGCUCUUUCGACAUCAGGGAGGCAUUCAUCAGGAACCUGAUCAUAGCUCACAACUCCCAAGCAGAAGAAUCUCAACAAACAAACAGUUUGAGCUCUCAUUCAAGGAGGCUCAUAACUUUGACGAGGAAAUAUACAACAAAAUACCUGAUGUCAACGGCCUGGUUUCUUCGAUACAGCAAGAAUUAUCAGAUGAGGACCGAUCUGCUACGAGUAGUGUGAGACAGCUUCUCGAUCGUAACCAUCCGGACUUUGCCUCGUCUGAUACUGACCCAUUUCCCACAUUCAUGCACAUACUAGAGUGUUCCACAAAUUCCCUGAUCUCGCUGAACCUGGAUUGGGUACUAUUCAGAAGAACAGAUCAACGCGCCUCCUCGGAGUCCAAGGCAAGUCUGGAAGGCAUGUUCAAAAGAAUGUUCGAGCUACACUUUCCCUACCUCCGCGCUUUCCAGUUUCGGAAUGCAGUGAUUGCAGAAGCCGAGUUGCCACAGGGUGUCUAUCUUCUAGAUACUUGCGCAUCAAGUUUGGAUUCUACAUUCGACCCGGACAUGUGCGUAUCAUGGUUAGAAUCGCAUCCGAGGCUUCGAUCUUUGGCCUGGCCAGCAGAUCGUUUCUUCAGACCUGCCAAAAACACGACACCAGAGUUUCAGGCUCGAAUCAAUCUCGUCAUAUCCAAGAUGGCACGUACUUUAGAGGAUCUUCGCGUCGAUACUGUUUACAGCAGGAGCGGCGAAUUUAAGACUGAUGAUUCGGAUGAUCCAAUUGAUUUGAACCGUCGUCAAAGUCGCAGACGAUUCAUCUCUGAAUUUGCAGCACGUAUGCAAAGUCUCGACUGCCUGAAGAUGGAGGGUGGUAUACCACGCGAUGAGAAGCGGGAAACUAUCAGAGCUUUGCGUCAGUCUCCUCUGCAGAGAGUUGUUUUGAUCGGCGUGAAUGCACCCAUGGGUAACACUUGGGGGUUUGCUGGGCGCGACAUUGGAUCCUUGGGCAUUAACGAAGAUCCUAACGAUCCCGACGACUUUGGUUCUCUCGAAGAGGAAGACACGGAUGAGAUCGUUCGUCUCGGUACAACAAUACCAGAACCGGUUAUUGCCAACGAACCCUUCGAAGCGGAGUAUGGAUGGCCACCAGGCCCGCCGUUCUUGCAUACGCUGGCCUCUUAUCACGCAAACACAAUUACAGAGCUCAAAUUCUGCGGAUAUCGCGGAGCACCUCUUCUUUGGAACCCUACACCGAUCACUAACUACAUGCUCGCACCACUUCGCAACUUCCACAACCUACGCCACCUGGUCCUAUCUCUUUGGUUACACACUUUGUGGGAGGACGAUCAUAGAGAUGACGAGAUUCUCGACUACUGGCUUAAUACACGCUCCCCAUCCACCACAGCACUUGUCACAACAUUGAACGAACCACCUACAGGCUGGGCCGAAGAACUAGCCUCGAAAUACGAGCCCAAGGUCAUGGCGGCAAGGAUCGUCGCACUGAUGGGUCCUUUCAUCAGCGAACAAGCAAAGUCUCAGCAUGGAGGUAUGCACGUCAGAGCCAGCUUUUGCAUCGGGACAUACGGCGGCUUGUUUGACUUUGACGUUAUCAUUGGCAAGGAUGUCAAUGGAAAGGAUGAGCUGAGGGAAUGGAAAGGGCCGAGAGAGGAGUUGCAUCCUGAGAGGAGAGCCGAGAAGUUGAGGAACAGGCGAUGGUUUGGCACGCCGGUGAGGAGAGAUCUGGGUGACGGACAGCGUAGCAUGUCAGUCAGCCUG